AUGGCCUCGACCUCCACUUCUACGCCAUCGGCGCAACCGACAUCCUCGACCUCGAACGUAGCUUCGAGCUCGCGAAUGCACAAGCGCAGCGAUGCGUUCAUCAAGGCAGGUGACCUCGUCAUCGUGUUCGCAUCAAGAGACAAGACACCGAUGCCGCUCACGGUGACGCCGGGCGAGCACGUCUCCAACAUGUUUGGUCACUUUCCUCACGACGACAUGGUGGGGAUGCCGUAUGGCAGCAAGAUGAUUUCCAAGAACGGUCGAGGAUACAUCUAUCUGCUCCGACCGACCCCAGAACUGUGGACACUAGCAUUGCCGCAUCGUACGCAGAUCCUCUACUCGCCCGACAUGUCGUUCAUCUCGAUGAAGCUCAACAUGGGUCCUGGAAGCCGUGUCAUCGAGGCAGGCACGGGGUCGGGAAGUUUUAGCCACGUCAUUGCUCGCACGGUCGGACGCGCCAAUGUCGGCUCAAAGUCGAGCUCGGCCAGCAAUGGAGAGGCUCAAGGCCGAUCGGACGGAAUGCAAGUGCCGAGAAACUGGCAAGGACUGCCCAACCAUUUGCAGCAGAAUCUGUCUCGCGGUAGGGGCCAACCGCGCGACACGGAGGAUGUCGCUCCCGAUGCGGCCGAAUCCUCGACCUCCAACUCACCAACAACAGAAGUAGUCUCUGCUCAAGCAGACUCGGCGUCGACGCAAAAACCUGACACGGACCCUCACGUCCCCAAAGAGGAUGGCAGGUUGUGGAGCUUCGAGUUUCACGAGCCACGAGCCGACAAAGCGAGAGCCGAAUUCGCCGCACACGGCAUGGAUAAGGUCAUCGUGCUCAACCACCGCAAUGUCUGCAAGGACGGCUUCGGCCUCACCGAUGCCGCUGAUUCCGUUUUCCUGGACCUUCCGGCACCUUGGGAAGCCAUCGGACACGCCACCAAGGCGUUGCGGCGCGACACUGUGACGCGCAUAUGCUGCUUUUCUCCGUGCAUCGAGCAGGUGCUCAAGACGGUCUCUGCUCUCAACGAGCACGGCUUCACCGACGUCGAGACGUUCGAGUCGCUCGUUCGCACCCACGAGAGUCACUCUGCCGCCGGUCCUGAGGUUAGCAUCGACGAGGCCAUCAACCGCAUUCGCGUGGUGGAGAAACGCAAGGAGGCGAGACGACUCAUUCAAAUUGAAAAGGCGCGCAGCGCAAAGGCACAGGCUGAAGGCAAGCAAGAAGGUGGCGAUACCCUUGAUGAUGCUGAUGAUGACGACGGCGACGCUAGCAUGGCAGACAACGCUGCUUCCGAGAGCGUCUCGACGGACAGCUCUCUGAAGCGCAAAACCGAUCAAGGCGAGCAAGACGGCGGUCUCGUCCCAGCAACCACGCAAACACAAGGUACCGCCGAUACCAACGAUUCGUAUCAGCGUGGCGUACAAGAAGGCAUCGCAGUCACCAAAAAGAAGGCGCGCAUGAUGCAACAACAGACACAUCAGAACCGGCCCAUCCAGCCAGCCACCGUCUACUCGAGACCGUACCACGAGAUGCGGGGACACACGAGCUACCUCACCUUUGCGACGCUUCUUCCGCGCGACAUGACAGCCGGUCUUUGA